UUUUUAUGGCACAUUAUCUCCAAAUCUGCGUCAGUUUUUGCCCGUCCCUCUCUGUCCCUGUCAGAUAUUAUGAAUUGAAGAUCCGUGUCUAUAAAUAAAGUAUUAUUUUCCCACUUUCUGUAUCAAUUAUACGCACCUGGUAACUUCAUUUGGGUUUCAGAGAAAUGGGUUCUGAUAACAUGAGCUUGGAGUUUCUGAAGGAGAUCGGGUUGGGUUCAUCCAACAUUGGCUCUUACAUCAAUGGUCAAUGGAAAGCCACCGGUUCUUCCGUCACUUCUCGUAACCCUUCUAACAAUCAGACUAUAGCUGAAGUGACUGAAGCAACCUUGCAAGAUUAUGAGGAGGGAUUGCAAGCUUGCAGUGAAGCAACCAAGAAAUGGAUGACUAUUCCGGCUCCUAAGAGAGGUGAGAUUGUGAGACAGAUUGGUGAUGCAUUGAGGGCCAAAUUGGAUCCUCUGGGUAGGCUGGUGGCUCUUGAGAUGGGAAAAAUCCUUCCGGAAGGAAUUGGGGAGGUUCAGGAAAUUAUCGAUAUGUGUGAUUAUGCUGUUGGGCUAAGCCGACAACUGAAUGGAUCAAUUAUACCAUCAGAACGUCCAGAUCAUAUGAUGUUUGAGGUUUGGAACCCACUAGGAAUAGUUGGCGUAAUCACUGCUUUCAACUUUCCAUGCGCUGUUCUAGGAUGGAAUGCUUGCAUUGCAUUAGUCUGUGGUAACUCUGUUGUGUGGAAGGGCGCUCCAACAACUCCUUUGAUAACUAUUGCUGUGACAAAGCUAGUAGCUGAAGUUCUUGAGAGGAACAAUUUACCUGGUGCAAUAUUCACCUCUUUCUGUGGAGGUGCUGAAAUUGGUCAGGCAAUAUCAAAAGACACACGCAUCCCCCUGGUUUCAUUUACCGGGAGUUCAAAGGUGGGUAUGAUGGUUCAGAAAACAGUUAAUGAGAGAUUUGGCAAAUGCUUGCUGGAGUUAAGCGGUAAUAAUGCAAUAAUAGUCAUGGACGAUGCAGACAUCAAAUUGGUUGUACGCUCUGUUUUGUUUGCAGCUGUGGGAACUGCUGGUCAGCGGUGUACAACUUGCCGUAGACUGUUUCUGCACGAGAGUAUUUACACAAGUGUACUAGACCAACUUAUUGGAUUGUACAAACAAGUCAAAAUUGGGAACCCCUUGGAGAAUGGGACUCUGGUUGGGCCCUUACAUUCUCGUACUUCAGUAGAAAACUUUCAGAAGGGUAUUUCAGUCAUAAAAUCUCAGGGAGGGAAGAUUUUAACAGGUGGAUCUGUAUUGGAGUCAGAAGGAAAUUUUGUGCAACCAACAAUUGUUGAGAUUUCUCCAGAUGCUCCUGUAGUUAAAGAAGAAUUGUUUGCUCCAGUUCUGUAUGUUAUGAAAUUUAAGACUCUGGAGGAAGCAAUUGCUUUGAACAAUUCUGUACCUCAAGGAUUAAGUAGUUCAAUCUUUACACAGAGGCCUGAAACUAUAUUCAAAUGGAUCGGGCCGCGAGGGAGUGAUUGUGGUAUAGUGAAUGUGAACAUACCUACUAAUGGAGCUGAGAUUGGUGGUGCCUUUGGUGGAGAAAAGGCAACAGGUGGUGGUCGUGAAGCAGGAAGUGACUCAUGGAAGCAAUACAUGCGGCGUUCUACAUGUACCAUCAAUUAUGGAAGUGAACUACCAUUAGCUCAGGGAAUAAACUUUGGCUAGAGGAUGCACAAAUGCAAUUUUGCAGCAAGAAGGAAAAAAGUUCUAUUCUGAGAUGGGAGUUUGGUUGACAUGGGUUCAAAGUGUUGUUUUACAAGACAUGCUUGCUGUAAGGAUGGCACCCUGCUAUGGCAGCUUCAAUGAAUAAUUAAACAAGUUGCAAAUAAAUUAGCUGCGAAGAUUUUUAUUUCCCAAUCAAAAUGGUUGAUGCUUAAAUAUGUGGGUUAAGUAUUUUCUUGUCCCUUGAAAAUAUCUCAAGUUUUCAUUUUAAUUGCUAUAAAAUUUCCCCGGCUUAAUUACA